UCAACCCCUCGAUUACCACUCAGAACUCCCCGGGUUCCUCCGGAACUGCUCGGGUAUUUCCGUCUCUACAUCGGCACCAAUCAGUUCUUUCCCUCCUCCCAGCCACUUCCCUCUCCCUCCCUCUGCUUUCAGAGCUCGGUUAUUUUCGUCUUACCGAGGCUGUGAAUCGAAUGUACUCGGAAGCCGUCGACUGUGGCAUAACCAAAAUCGGAGUUGCUCGGCCAUCUCCGAACCUAAGGCUGAGACGCUGAGGAGCUUGGGUGUUUGGGGCUGGUCCGGGACCGGAAGUGCGUGGGCUGCCGGGCUGGCCCUGUUUAGGGUUUUCAGGAAACAUGGAAGCAGGGGCGGCAGUUGGAGUUUAAACACUUUUGUGACGGUCUUCGGGUGCCCUGUGAGAGGAAAGGGGAGUGCUUUUAUGUUUCAGGAUGCCACUGGAAUCAUCUUCCUCUUCAAUACCACUAUCCCUCCCUUCUCCACUACCUCCAGUACCAGAUGGUAUUACUAACUCUUCCCCUCCCCCAAUGUCUUACAUCACUUCCCAGGAGAUGAAGUGUAUUCUUCACUGGUUUGCCAGUUGGUCAGGUCCACAGCGUGAACGUUUCCUACAGGACCUGGUAGCUAAGGCAGUGCCAGGAAAAUUACAGCCACUGCUGGAAGGGCUGGAGCAGCUUAGUGUGUCUGGAGCAAACCGACCACCUUGUAUCUUUGAGUGCCAGCUACGACUUUGGGAUCAGUGGUUUCGAGGUUGGGCUGAGCAGGAGCGCAAUGAAUUUGUCAGGCAGCUAGAGGUCAGUGAGCCAGACUUCGUGGCAAAGUUUUACCAGGCAGUGGCUGCUACGGCUGGUAAGGACUGAUGGGCAUUAAAGUCAAAGAAGAUACUCACAGCUGAUGGAGCUGCAACUUCACCGCGAGAUCUUCAGAUGUGUUACUUAAAGGCCUAGGAAUGGUAUCCUGAUCUGCUGACUGAACUUGUUGACCAGUACAGGCUUGAUUAUUUCUUUGGGGGAUGAAGGGGCAAAGGGAGAGGGAGAGAGAGAAUCUUAAGCAGGCUCCAGGC